AAUCAAUCGAUAACGCGAUUAGGACAUCACCAAAAUUUGCAUUUUCGUUGGGAUUUUUGUUUAUUUUAUUAUUUAAAAUAUAAUAAAAAUGGCUGACCAAAUUCAACCUGAUGGCGUUCAACCGGCGGCAUUGAUGUCCAUUCGUUUCGAUCAGCAACAAACGAUUGACAAUGUAGCUGCUAAUGGCAGCGGAGCCGGCGACGUUGACGACGCACAAGCAAUCGUCGACUCAAAAAAAGCGGCUGACUUAGUGCUGCCAAAGGCGUUGGAAGAUGUGCUUGCAUUAAAGGAUCAGCGCGUAGCUGAGUUCGACACUGAUGUGGAUGCACGAGGUGGCCACGGUGGAGACGGGACGUCGCAAGAUGGUGACUUUGCCGAUGUAGGCGAAGAUAGCGAUGAGGAGGCCGACAACCAAUUAAACGGCGUCAACAGCGACAAGCCGGGCAAGCAGAGUAAAGCGGACAAAAACAAAAAGAAGAAACGGCGCAAGAAGCAAAACAAAAAGAUACGACAAAGGUUGGAGUUUGAACGGCAACAGCAGUUGGCGCGCCACUCUGAGCCAAGGGAACUAGAUCCUGAGGACGAACCGAAGGUGGCCGGUAGUGACGACGAGCAGCCGCCGGCGAAGGAAAAGGACACAAAGAAAGAGAGUCGCAGCAAAAAGAAAAAGGAGCGCGCAGCCGAAGAAAAGGAUAAGGCCAAAGAACGUAAGAAAUCGGAAAACGGCGAGGAGGAUGUCACCAUUGAAUAUGUGCCCGAGAAGAUAACUAUUGCAGACCUGGCGCCCAUGUAUCGUCAAUUCUACCGCGUCUUUGAGAUUUUUAAGCUGGAAAACAAGCCGAAACCCGUUGAAAAAGACAAGGCAGCUCUGGAUGCCGAAGCUUUGGCCAAAGCCAAGAAAUCAUCCAACAAAAUGCACGACGACGACGAUGAUGAUGGAGAUGAUGACGAUGACAAUAAGGAGGACAAAGAGAAGUUAUCCAAGCGCAAGCUGAAAAAACUCACACGUCUCAGCGUGGCAGAGCUUAAGCAAUUGGUCUCACGGCCGGAUGUUGUUGAAAUGCACGAUGUGACAGCCCGGGACCCAAAGCUGCUUGUCCAGCUUAAGGCCUAUCGCAAUACGGUGCAGGUGCCGCGUCAUUGGUGCUUCAAGCGUAAAUAUCUGCAGGGCAAGCGUGGUAUUGAGAAGCCACCCUUUGAUCUGCCAGCGUUUAUAAAGAAAACUGGCAUCAUGGAGAUGCGUGAAUCCCUGCAAGAGCGCGAAGAUGCCAAAACACUAAAGGCAAAGAUGCGCGAACGUGUUCGCCCAAAAAUGGGCAAAAUAGACAUUGACUAUCAGAAACUGCACGAUGCUUUCUUCAAGUGGCAAACAAAGCCACGCAUGACCAUUCAUGGUGAUCUAUAUUAUGAGGGAAAAGAGUUUGAGACGCGUCUAAAAGAGAAAAAGCCAGGCGAUCUUUCUGAAGAGUUGCGCAUUGCCCUGGGCAUGCCGGUUGGGCCCAAUUCCCACAAAAUACCGCCACCAUGGCUGAUUGCCCAACAGCGCUACGGUCCGCCGCCGUCAUAUCCCAAUCUAAAAAUACCCGGCUUAAAUGCGCCCAUACCAGAGGGCACCUCCUUUGGCUAUCAUGCAGGCGGCUGGGGUAAGCCGCCAGUUGAUGAGAACGGCAAGCCUCUGUAUGGCGAUGUAUUCGGCAUGAAUACUCUUGAUUUGGAUAACGGCAUCGAUGAAGCGGACAUUGAGCGCAACCAAUGGGGUGAACUUGAAUCCGAAUCGGAGGAAUCCUCCGAAGAGGAGGAGGAGGAUGGCGAGGAUCUGGGCAAUCAGCAGGACGAAACCGGUUUGGUAACGCCAGUUGAGGGUCUGGUUACGCCCUCGGGUCUAACCAGUGUUCCAGCGGGCAUGGAAACACCCGAGAACAUUGAAUUACGCAAAAAGAAAAUAGAAGCCGAAAUGGAAGACAAUGAAACGCCUGUUCUGUAUCAGGUGCUGCCAGAGAAGCGCACAGACCGCAUAGGCGCCUCCAUGAUGGGCUCAACGCAUGUGUAUGACAUUGGCGGCGGCGCUGGUGCCAGUAAACAACCGCCUGUGCGCUCCACUACAGAUCGUGAAGGCAUCGUCGAAUUGGCCUUGGAUCCUAGUGAAUUGGAUCUGGACAACGAUGCGAUGGCCCAGCGUUAUGAGCAGCAAAUGCGCGAGCAACAGAAUCACUUGCAAAAGGAGGACUUAUCGGACAUGUUGGCGGAGCAUGUGGCGCGUCAAAAAUCGAAACGCAAGCGACAACAAACCGAUCCAGCAAAGACCACAAAGAAGUACAAGGAAUUCAAGUUUUAGUACAACAAUAUUCGCAGUGCUUCUGUAAGCGCAUUUGCUGUUUCAAGAUACAAGAUUGUCAUUAAAAAAUAAUAGUAAACAUUUUAAAAAAA